AUGGUGAAGACUCAAGCUGAAGGUAAAGCAAAAGCUAAAAGAGGGAGACCUUUCAAAAAUCUUAAUAUUUCUGAAGCUUCUACAGCAUCAUCAUCAUCUACAGCGAAAAAACCCAUAAGAAAAGGAAUGGUUAGUCCUAAACAAACUUCUUCCUACUCUGUACAACUAAGUAUUAUGACUAACUCAAGUCCUUUAAAAUCGGAUCAUGCAGCACCUGAUCUAGAGAAACCUUGGUUUCAAGAGCAAUAUCUAUCACUCGCACCAGGCCUCUUAGUCGGCCAAAUAUCAGAUGUAGCUCGCUCUAAUGUGGCUAAUGGAAGACUGGCAAGACACAUAAGACUUGCAAUCCGCCGAAGCAAACAUGACAAGUUGCAACAGCAAGGCAAGCUAAAAACAUACAGAUACUUUGCAACGCUUCCAACUGAAUUGAGGAGAAGAAAACCAGAUGUAAAUAAGUGGGAGUUGGUAACAUGCUAUGCUUGUCAAGCUAUUGUCUGGAUUGGUGAGGCUGUGGUGCAGGAGACACGAAAUUCCCCCAGGAUGUUUAGCAUAUGCUGUCAGCAAGGACGUGUGAAGCUGCCACCUAGACGUCAGCCACCAUCACCUUUGAAAGAGCUGUUUGAUAGACCAAGUUUUAUGCUACAGAUUCGAGUGGCUAAUGGAAUGUUAUCAUUCACAUCGAUGGGUGGUCAGAUUGACCACACUGUGACAGGCACUCCUGGACCCUUCGCAUUUAGGCUCCAUGGACAGACUCACCACAGGAUUGGCUCUCUCCUUCCACCUGAAGGCAAUGCUCCACAGUAUCUGCAGAUGUAUAUAGUGGACACAGAGAAUGAGGUAGCAAACAGAAAGAAGGCUUUCAGCAAAGGUACAUCCUCUGUGGAGAUUGAUGACAGUUUGAUAGCUGAUUUAAUCAAGAUGUUGGAUGAGAAUAACCACCUGGCCAAAACUUUCCGUCAUGCAAGAGAUCGUCUUUUAUCCAGUGAUGCAGUUGAGUUCAGUCUCACCUUGGUAAAUCAAAAGCAUAGAGGGAGGCAAUAUGACUUGCCAACUGCUGGAGAGAUUGGUGGCCUUAUAAUUGGUGAUUUCAAUUCAGAAUCGGCAGGUAAAGACAUUGUGGUUGAGUACAAAUCAGCAAAGCUCCAGAGGAUAAGCGAUUUACACCCUCUAUUUAUGAGCCUUCAGUACCCAUUACUCUUUCCAUAUGGAGAAUAUGGUUAUGACGAGAAAAUACUCUAUGAUGUGUCUGUCAACUCAAAUAUAAAAAGAGAAUACAUGACAAUGAGAGAAUAUUAUGCUCACCAGAUCCAAACUAGGCCAUCUGAGGGUAUGACUAUCAUCAAGUCAGGAAGGCUACUACAUCAGUAUAUUGUUGAUACCUACACUGCAACAGAGCAGGAGAGACUUCGGUUUCUCAGACUUAACCAGAAGAAACUGCGAGCUGAAUUAUAUACAAAUGUCUGCGACACCUUAGACAGUGGAGAUACAGAUGCUGCGCACAUAGGGAAAAAAGUCAUACUGCCUUCUUCAUUCCCUGCAGGACCCCGCUAUAUGUCUGAGAAAUAUCAAGAUGACAUGGCUCUCUGUCGUUUUUAUGGUAACCCCAACCUUUUCAUCACAUUCACAGCAAAACCAAAUUGGGUUGAACUGAAAGAGCACCUGGACGCCUACGAAGGUGACUCGCCCAACAACAUACCAGACCUUGAGUGCAGAGUUUUUAAACUUAAGCUUGACGAGAUGAUGUCAGACCUUAAGAAUUGUGUUUUCCUUCCAAAAACGGCUGCAGUAGCCUACACGAUUGAGUUUCAAAAACGGGGACUCCCCCACGCCCAUAUUCUUCUUUGGUUCGAAGGAUUUAGAGGAGAGGCCACAGCAGCAGAUAUUGAUCAGUACAUAUCAGCUGAGCUCCCUGACAGAGACACAGACCGAGAGGGCUUCGAGUUGGUUAAGAGACACAUGAUUCACGGGCUGUGUGGAAAAAGACGGCCACAAUCACCCUGUAUGGAGAAAGGAGAGUGCACAAAGAAGUAUCCUAAAGCCUACUCAAACAACACAAAGAUUGAUAAGUCUGGCUUUGUUGUUUACAGAAGAUGUGUUCAUAGCAGCGCCUACGUUUUGAAAGGAACUGUGGAGCUAGACAAUCAAUACGUGGUGCCACAUAACCUACCACUCCUCAAAAAAUAUCAAGCCCAUAUCAAUGUUGAGUGGUGCUGCAAGACCAGUGCUGUUAAAUAUAUUUUCAAAUACAUAACUAUGGGGGUGGAUCGAGCACUGCUACUGCUUCAGGAGAAGGGGAAGAGCAAAGAAGAAAUAGAGAAAAAGAAAAAGCACCUUGAGCUUGAUGAAAUAGACAGAUUUCAGGAGUGUCGUUAUAUUUCAGCAUGUGAGGCUUCAUGGAGAUUGUUUUCUUUUCACAUCCACCACAACCAGCCUUCGGUGAUGAAACUGGAACUUCACCUUCCAGGGAAGCACAGGGUUCUAAUUGAUCCCAUUAAGAGUUUAGAGCAAGUUCUCUCAAGAGAAAAUAUCGAGAAAACAAUGCUCACUGCGUAUUUUGCUGCAAACGCCAAAUAUGAAGAAGCCAGGGAGCUUACGUACAUUCAGUUCCCAUCCCGGUUUGUCUACCAUAGUGACAUAAAAGAAUGGACACCACGGAAACAUGGUACAUCAAUAGGCCGAGUCCCCUAUGUCCACCCAGCUGCAGGCGACUUAUACUACCUUCGAAUCAUCGUCAGCGUUGUUAAAGGGGCACUUGGUUUUGAGCACCUCGCCACUGUGGGCACUACAACAUUUAAGGAGUAUUGGGAUGCCUGCUAUGCGCUUGGUUUAUUGGACAACGAUAAUGAAUGGCAUGAUGCUAUAGUUGAACCAUCUUUCUGGGCAACAGGUCGUCAGCUAAGGAGGUUAUUCAUCACGAUCUUGAUCUACUGUGAAGUUGGAAACCCUCUUAAGCUUUGGAAUCAUGUGUGGAACAUAUUGGCUGAGGAUAUUUUGUAUAUGAAACAGAGAGAAUUUCAUUUUCCAGGCUUGAUUCUACAGGAAGAGGAGUUGAAGCAGUACACAUUAAUGGAGAUAGAAAGACUCCUCAAAGAGAAUGAUAAAUCACUGGCUGAUUUCCCUGGCAUGCCAAAGCCAAAUAACAGUGUUCUUCAGGAGAUAUCAAACACCGUCCUCCGGCAUGAGCUCAACUAUGACACCGAAAAAGAGGCUGCAGAGCAUGACAAACUUUUUACCACGAUGAAUGAGGACCAGAAAAGCAUCUACAGCUCGGUUAUAGAUUCUGUCAACAACAAAUCUGGCCAGUUGUUCUUUGUUUAUGGGGCUGGAGGAAUCGGAAAGACUUUUUUAUACAGAACUAUUAUUGCCAAACUCCGAUCAGUUGGUAAAGUGGUGAUACCAGUGGCAUCAGCUGGAAUUGCAGCACUGUUAUUACCAGGAGGAAGAACAGCGCACUCCCGCUUCAAGCUUCCUCUCAAAUUGAGCGAAACAUCUCUCUGUGAGAUUAAAUAUGGCUCUAUGUUGGUAAAUCUGAUCUCCAAAACAGACUUGAUCAUAUGGGACGAGGCUCCUAUGGCUCACCGUCAGACUUUUGAAACGUUGGACCGCACACUUAGAGACCUACAAGCUAUGGAGGAUCCAGCAGCUGCUGAUAAACCUUUUGGUGGAAAGACAGUUCUUCUUGGGGGUGAUUUCAGACAGAUUUUGCCUGUUAUAACUCAGGGAUCUAGGCAGGACACAGUCAGAGCUUCUAUCAGUAAGUCGUACCUCUGGCCCUUUGCACGAGUCCACACUUUAACCAUCAACAUGAGACUGAGCCAAGCUGACAAAGAAUUUGCAAAAUGGAUACUCGAAGUUGGUAAUGGAACAACGCCAACUAUGGCAACAGAGGGUAGAUGUGAAGAGGAAAAAAGAGCUAUCUUAGCACCCACAAACGCUAGUGCCAAUGAGAUCAACUCCUAUCUUCUGUCUAAGGUUCCAUCCGCAGAGAAAGAGUAUUUAAGUUCAGACAGUGAUGCUUUUGAGAGCACACCAGAGGAGGAUUUUACAAAUAAUUACACUCAAGAAUACUUAAACUCGCUAGAGUUUCAAGGUUUGCCACCGCAUAAACUAUGUCUGAAGGUUGGUGCUCCUGUGAUGAUGUUGCGCAAUCUGGACCAGUAUUAUGCGCUAUGCAAUGGAACACAAAUGGUUAUUUCACGGUUGGGCCACAGAGUUCUAGAGGCUGAGCUUUUAACAAGGACUCAUGUUGGAGACAGAGUUCUUAUUCCAAGGAUACAAUUAUCCCCAACGGACAGUAUUCAUCCUUUUACUUUUCGCAGAAGGCAAUACCCAAUCAGAUUGUGUUAUGCGAUGACAAUAAAUAAGAGCCAAGGUCAGAGUCUGAAACAGGUUGCACUCUACCUUCGUAGACCAGUUUUUAGUCAUGGCCAGCUGUAUGUUGCUCUCUCACGAGUCACGACUCCAGAAGGAUUGAAGAUACUUGAUGACAGUGAAGGCAUGGCAAGGAAAGACGUUGUUACUAAUAUUGUCUACAGAGAGAUAUUCAGUAAUCUCCAGACCAGUAAGUCACUUAGAACCAAACCCUGA